AUGGCGCACCAGACGGACGGCCAGUCCCCAGCGUCGAAAAAGCUCGUCUCGAAGCUCAAGAAAUUGAAGGACACUACAGGAGAGGAUAGAAGUGCAGACGCACAGGAGUCCACCCCCAGCAAGGAAGAUUCCAAGUCCGACAAGAAGGACAAGAAGAAGCGCAAGUCCGUUUCCGAGGAUGCGGCACCCGAGACAGACGGCGAAAUGAAGAAAAAGAAGAAGCGCCGCCAUACCGAAGACGACAACGACCAAAAUGGCAAGGACGAUGAAUCGCACAAGCAAAAGAAGAAGCGUGUCUCGUUUGGACCCGGAACCAAGGAAUUCGACGGCGACUCUGCAAGUGAAACGGACGAGGCCGACACCAAUGACGCUGCCGCAACGGACGGAGCCGACGCAGACAUCGAAGACGACGGAGACAGGAUGUUUGAAGAGAUGAAGCAGCACAAGCGGGAUAAGAAGAAGGCAAGGAAAAACGGUACCUCGAUUGAGGCAAUGCACGAAACGCCUAUUCUGUCGUACCUGAGCCACUACCACCGAGCACGCGCGACAUGGAAGUUCCAAAAGAACCGGGAAACCAACUUGUUCAAGCACCUGUAUUCGCUUGAGCAUGUCCCCACUAAAUACAACACAUCGUUGCUGGCGUACAUGCAGGGUCUGAAGGGUGAUGCCGCCAAGCAACGAAUGAGCGAUGCUGCGAGGUUGGUGAUCAAGGCCGAUAUGGAUCUCGACAAGCCGAAGGAAGACGAAGAAGCGGAGAAUCAGGAGCCUUCAGGCCCAAGCCCCGAGUACCUGGAAGCUAUCAAUGCGUUCCGCGAGUGCUUGCCAAAGGCAAGUGAGGAUCUGGACAACGUUAACUUCGGAGAGAAGCUGGAGGGAGACGUCCAAAAGCGUUUGCCAAAGAGGCAGCGAGCAGAGCUGGUCUUUUUCGCUGUUGCAGGCAAGCUUUUCAGCGCCGAAGAUUUGAAGAAGCCGAAAUCGAAACUCAAGGCCUCCGGCCCCCGCAGCAGCGAGGAUAGCGAUGAUGAUGCCCCAGCUCCAAAGAAGGCUGCCAGCAAGCCCGCGCCAGAUAGCGAUGACGAGACCUCAUCGAGCGGCAGCAGCAGCAGUGACAGCGAUAGCCCUGCUACCCCGGCUCCAGCCCCGGCCAAACAGAGUGCCGCACGUACACCUCCAUCGUCUACCCCUAAGGCUGCUACAAUGUCGAAGACGGAGGCCAAAGCUGCCAAGAGGAAGGAAAAGUUUGUACCAGUUCGCGAACAGAAGGCUAAGCCUGCUGUGCCGAAGAAGACACAGAAGCGAAAGCUCAGGACUGCUCAGAUCGAAAUCUCGAGCAGCGAAAGCGAUAGCGAAUAG